UCGCUCGCUUUGUCGGCUGAGCUACGGCUUCAAGGCUCCUUAGUUAAGGUCUCGGCAUUCUUGAUCAAGCAAUCGAAAGACAUGGGCAAAGUUGUAGAUGACAAAAACAUGUUAGAGCAACAAAGGCAAACAAAAAUGAAACUGCUGAUUUCAUGGCUGCCUUUGCUAUGCCGUGCAAGCAAUGGCACUGAUGCACCUGUCCUCAGCAUCAACGAAAGAGCCGAGCUUGAAAAGAUAUUGGAGGAGAUAAUCGAGACAUUAGAACAAGAAGACGAGCAAGAAAGAGUGCUGUCACUAUGGCUCCAUCAUUUCACUCGAUGUCCAUCCUCGGAUUGGCCUAACCUCCGUGGUUGCUACACUCGUUGGCUCGAUGCUUCACGCAGUAUUCUGUUACGCCAAUGAAUGCAGCUAUGUGUCUAUCACUAGACAAUGUUGAUGCGAGAAAAAGGUCACCACUUCAGAUGUGCAAUUAUAUAUGAUAUGAUAUUUAAAUUUUCUACAGUCGGGUUAUUUCUGGUGUAAAUAUAUUAUUAGCUCAUCGUAAGCUGACUAAUAUGUAGAAAUUUAUAGCAAUGUUUUAAGAAAUAUGAUUAGUUAAUAAUUAGAUUCUUUCUUGCUACUGGCAUUAUGCUGUGUUACUUAAUUGGGUUACCGUUGUUGGCACCCAAAUUGUGGAUGACAUUUGCUGCUGCUAACAUGAUUUGCAGGAACUACACUAUUA